AUGGCAUCCAACAGCGCCGCUCGCCCGUCCGUGUCCCAGGAAGCUGGAGCCAAGACGAAAGAGAAGGACCAAGCUCUGCUCUGGAACCCCGACAACGUGAAGGAUGUCGCCGAGUCACUGGGUAUCGGCAGCCUCAACGAGGAGGCUCUACGCACAUUGGCUCAGGACGUCGAGUACCGUAUCGGCCAGGUCAUCAUUGAGGCACUCCGCUUCAUGAAGUCAGCAAAGCGCUCCACACUCACAACACAAGACAUUGGAUCAGCCUUGAAGUCUCUCGAUGUCGAACCUCUUUACGGGUAUGAUAGCACCAGGCCUGUCAGAUAUGGAGAAGCAAGUCUCGGUCCCGGUCAGCCGCUUUUCUACAUUGAGGACGAGGAGGUAGAUUUUGAGAAGUUGAUCAACAAUCCCCUCCCAAAAGUACCUAGGGAUAGCAACUUCACUGGUCACUGGCUUGCCAUCGAAGGUGUCCAGCCCACCAUUCCUCAGAACCCCAGCAGCAACGAGUCGCGAUCAACAGAGCUCCUCCCCAAAGGACCUGGUGCUAAUUCUGCUCUGCCAGCUCUUGCCGGCAACCAGGGAGCCAGCUUUCGGCCUGCUGUCAAACAUAUCAUCAGCACAGAGCUCACCCUCUACUUCGAAAAGGUCCAAUCCGCACUGCUGGAUGACAAUCCUGAAGCUGUGGCCCAGGAGCUACGCGCAGCAGCUCUGGAGUCGGUCAAGUCGGAUCCUGGUAUCCAUCAGCUCGUGCCUUACUUUGUCAACUUCAUCUCCAAUGAAGUCACACACCAUAUGGACGACUUGUUCGUGUUGCGCCGGAUGAUGGAGUUGACGGAUGCUCUAGUCGAGAACCCGGAGAUCUACCUAGACCCAUAUGCUAGUCCCAUAUCAGCCCCUGUUCUCACCUGUCUGCUUGGCCGCAAGUUGGGCAACGAGAAUGGCUCGGACUGGCUGAACGAAGUCUAUCAGUUGCGCGAGUUCAGUGCAAGUCUCAUUGGUCGGAUCUGCCAAAAGUACGCAGCAUCUAACAAGAUGCUCCGCCCAAAGAUAACCCGCACAUGUCUCAAGCACUUCCUCGACAUCAACAUGCCUGCGUCCGUUUGGUACGGUGCAAUACUCGGCCUCUCCGCCGCUGGUGGGCCUGAAGCAAUCAGGGUUCUUGCUGUGCAAAACUUCAAGAACUUUUCCGACGGCAUGCUGCAGAAGCUGAAGGAUAGCAGCUCAGACAACAACCAGAUCGAGCUGGAAGCCAUUCUCGGAGCCAUCAUCAAAGCUAUCAGGACAAUGCUCCCGGACCAGGAUCUGUUCCUAGCUAACGGUGUCAACGGCGUAAGCGACCGUGAGUCCUCGGACUUGAAGGACUUCCUGGGAGACUUGAUAGGAGAAAAAGUGGCAAGGUUGGGAGAUCACAGACUUGUCCAGACUGUCCUAGAUGCCCGAGCCUUCAAUGCGCACUAG